UCGCACAAUAAAAAAGAGGAUUUCAAAUUCAUACGAACAUCUCCUGCAUCGUGACUAAACCAAAGAUUCUAAUACAUUUCACCUAUUCCAUAUGAAGCGAGCAGUUUCGCUUCAAAGUAUUUCCAUCCCAUUCUUACCACUAGCCCUGAAAUCUGCCCACCGUCAACCCACCACCAUCCCACCUCCGAGAUUCCCAUCGCACGCGGAACCUCAUCCAAUCCCAAAUCCUCCGAGAUCAACAUCCAAAUCCUGGCCAAACUCACCCCGGACCCACCCAUGCCCAAUCUUCCAAAACCUGAAACAGUACCCCCGCAUCCCUCAAUCUCGCCAACAAUCUUCUCGAAAACGCCUUGCGAUAGAACCAUGGUCAACCAAUGGGGCAUUUACAUUCGCACCCUUCAAAUACCCCCCAGUAUGUGCGCUAACGACCUAGGAUUAGAAUCCUCCCGGUGGUGCAGCGGAAGACAGAAGACAGCGGGAGCUUUCCUUGUUGGGAAUAGGGUCGGGGAAUUAGGGAAUCACACAUUGAGAGAUGGAGUUUUUAGGCA